AGAUAGAAAUACUGGCAGUGAGCAGUUCAGUUUUUUUUUUUUGUGUAUAAAGAGCGAGGCAGCAAUUUUUGAAGUGGUUUUCUAGAGCUUUAGUUAUCUCCGAUAAGAUAAAAGAACUAGUCAUUUCGAUUUUUGGUUGACUACGUGGAAGGUCACACGGUUUGUUUCUCCUACAAGUGAUGGGCCACGAGAAUGGAAAAGACGGCAGCGUGUUGACGUUAGCAACGAGGCAAUGUUUGUUUCGUUUGUUGUCUUUUCUUGACAAACGACUGCCCGAAUACUGUGCUAUUCAUUCGUUUGUGUGUGCGGCGCUCAUUUCAUCAGAUCCAUCGUAUCGUGUUUAUUUCCACAGAAAACAAUCUUCGAAUAAUUCGACAGAUGAAACCGAUUACUCGCUCAUCGUUACUGCUAGCGUAGAAUUUUGCAUCGAGCCCAAACGACAAAUUAAUAUGAAAUGCUGGACUUUAACUGGAUGGACUGAUGAUGACGACAUGUUGGCCGAUGCUUAUGAAGCUAUUGGCGUAAUAGACUGGAAAGCGGAUGCAGCUAUCAUACACUCUAAACACCAUACACCCCAUCCGACGAUCACGAAUUUUCUUACAAACAAACACGGACCGGAAAAUGAAAACAGGGAUGGCUAUCCAAGCGAUCAAUAUUUUAUUGCCAUACAGGAGGCUUUAAAUCUCCAAAUCAGUGAAAUGAAUGGCGUUUACGUUAAAAGCCUGGAACCUUGUCACGCAAAAAUAGUUUACGAUCACUGGCCCUACAACGCAUCCACAAGAGUGGAAUACAUUGGCAAAGAAAUUGAGCUGCUACCUUCUGCCGGUGUCUUUUUGAAGGAAAACGACGAACUUGUGUCGUGGAUGAUGUGCCAUCCACCCAACGGAAUGAGCCGACUGCACACGUUGGAAGAACAUCGACGACGAGGAUACGCAUCGCUAGUGACGCAAUACCUAACCAAACGAGUGGCGCAGUCUGGAGUUGUUCCAUUUGUCAAUAUAGUUAUCGGUAACACUGCCUCGUGUAAGUUCUUCGAAAGCAUGGGAUUCAAACAUCUCCGUCCUAUUAAUAUCAGUUUUAGUUUGCCUUAAUAUUGCAUCGUCACAUCUCGAAUUAAACGUUUUAGUCUUGUUAUUUUGAAGUCCAUGGAUACCAUGUUUAUAGUAAUUAGUAUUUUCGACUUUAUACGUAUUGUAUAUGGAGGCCUUACAAAUGGGAAGCGUGAUUGUUUUUUGAAAAAUAAAAACGUACUGGAGCAUUGUUA